AUACAAUUUAGCAAAACAAGUCUGGAUGUAUAAGCAGACCAAUAUCAAGAAAUCUGUGAAGAAGAGUGGGUCUUUAGAAUCUGCCUCUGACAGGUCUGUGUCUCCAAACGACAUUAUGGGGGCAAAUGAGAACAAAUCUUCCACAGUGAAGAAUCGACAACAGAUAAUCCCUAAAAAGACCAAAUCUGAUAAUGUAAAGACUGGAAUAACGAAACCAAAACCAACAACCAAGUCUUCCACCAAAUCAGCAAUAAAAACAUCUCCUGUAAAGCAAACAAAAGCGAGCAGCAAUGCCAACUCAAAGCUUCCUAGAGUCAAAACUGGGAGUGCUACUCCGCCUACUCGUGCCAACACAAAGAAUUUGAACAGUGCAAAAAGCCCUCCUAAUCUCAAAGCAGCAAAAAGUCCUCGGUCCUCAAACGAUCCCAAAGCAGUGAAUCCCAAUUGGAAGGUGCCCUGUGUGAGCCCCCCUCUGGGAAAGGCAUCUCCUGUCAAACCACUACCAGGUCGGGGAGGACCUAAGAAACUAAAGAAGGUGUUUAAUCCCCCUACCCUCUUCUCGAUGUGUAAAGCCGCUGUGUCCUCUAUUGUCAUUUCCCCUCAGGUGGACGAAGAAGCGAAGGAGUUUCUAAAACGGCGACUUUUCAGUCAGGCACUCUUCGGAACCGUGUGGGAAGUGUUAACGAAAGAAACGAAAUCUAACCGUGUCACUAAGGAGGCGCUGAUCAGCGAGAGAGAUGAGCUAUCAAGCGAACUAAGGGAUCUUAAGGAUAAUGUGGACACUAAGAUCAGUAGCCUAACUAAACAACACACCAACACAGUAGCUAAUGUUACUGCCACUCUUACCAGCUCCCACCAGACCCACACCAAACAACUGAAAGACGGAUACGAGACUACGAUAGCCGAUCUACGGAGUCAGUUGUCUGUGAUAGAAGAUAAGCACUGUAACGAGAUACACAACAUACGAGAUAAGCACUCAGAAGAGAUAGCGACACUACACCGGGAGUAUGAGGGUCAGAGAAACCAACUCAUUGUCUCUCAUCAACAGGACACCGCUAGAAUGGAGGGAACACAGCGGGCUCUUGAAGAACAGAACGAUUAUCUGGACAGCCAGAUAAAAGAGAAGGAGGAGAUAAUGCAGAUUGAAAUACAGUCCCAAGUACAGGAGCAAGUGCAGCGCUACUCUACAAUAAACGCAGAGCUACAAUCCUUACGAGACGUUAUUGACAUGAGAAACGCGGAGAUUAAGAAGCUGAACACUAAAGCCAAAGAAAUAGAAUUAAAGGUGGAGAAUAUCCCUGGUCUAGAGAAGGACUUGCGGAGUUACAAGGACCACAACGAACAACUGCGCGCCACAAUAGAGAUGAAGGCUGAGUCUGAGCGAACCCUGAACCUCACACAGGAGACACUGUACCAGAAUUUAAAAGAGAAGGAAACAGAUAAUAAAAACAUUGUCCUCAAGUGUGAAGAACUACAAUUCCGGUUGUCCCUGAUUGAGGAGAAGGAAGGAGGAAGUAACGGGAAGAUAUUCGCGCCAAUAAGCUACAGCACCCCUACCUGUAGCCCUAGAAGGCAGUUUUCCGAACCUCCUAUCAGAACUUCUGAUUCACCUUCUAAACAUUCCAACAGGCCGAAGUCUCAAGUCAAUCUGUUCGAUGCAAUGGAAGCUGCCACUCAAAUUCUACCCCUUCACGACUGAACGAAACGUUUCACAUCUUUGCAUGAACUGUUCGGUGUGUUUGUUGAACGAAUAAUAAUUUAACUUUUGUUUGGUAAUAUUUGUAUUGUAUUAAUAAAGUUGUGAUGAGAAUUGAGCUUGAGUUUAAACUUUGAAUCACCUUGAAGAUUUUGAAAUAUUUAUUUCUUGCUUCUGUUAAGGUAAUGAAAGAAGCCUCCUUCUUAAAAGUAGAUUCUUAGAUUGCUUAUACUUGUACAUUUUGCUAUUUUAAAUUUCAAUAACAG